GCUGAUCCACUGCAUAAAAUGGCCCUGGCGGUCGUCGGUAUGAACGGUAUGAAUGAUGCUAGGACGGACUGAUGUACAUGUUUAAAAAGCGACCAGGUACUCACGUCUCCUUUCGCCAGACUUAAGAUUAUUUACCAUGAUUUCUUCUUCCCUUGUUCAAAAGUAGGCAGUAUUCCGUGUAUAGCUCGAUAGCUUCUUCCUUUUUUUCAUAUUCGUUAUUCAUUAUUUUUCUACUGACCCAGGUGCUCAAAUUAGCCGUUCACUCAAUCCGCCUAGUGCCUACCCAGUACCUACCCAGUACCUUGCCCAUUAACCGUUCGGAGCAUUCUUCUAUUCCAGCUCUCUUCCCACUUCUUCCCCGACAUCUUCCCAAACCAACCUCCUCGCGCUCCCACAACAAAGGGCGAAAGGAAGAGAAGAACUGUGUUUGGCCUCUUCGUGGUCAUCAGUCUCAGUGCGGUCAUUCACCAGCAGCUUCAAUUAUCUUCAUGUCGGUAUUGCUUCUUCAUUAAAUAAUUUAAUUGGUCGGGACAAUCGCCGUUGUGUCUGUUUGGCACUGCCGCACUGCAGACGCACGUUCACCAGUCCACUACAUUCACUACUACGCACAGGAAGUCUCUCCUAUUUUCCUAUCGACCAACCCAGAUGAUCAAGAAGGAUCCAUUCAAUCGUUGAAUUGAGUAUCAAAGAAUUCCUUCAAGCGGAGUCUUGUGGUGCUUUGGAUUUGGAUUUGUCUUGUCAUACAUUCAUAAAGGAUACGAAGAAAAGAGUCCUAAGAUACCGUUCGUUCCGCCAAUUCGCAGAGAUCAAGGAAACUCUCUUCAGACCAAUUACAAUCAAAAGAAUCCAAAGACAAGAUUGAUUGGAAAGCGGUGGUAGGAAAGAAUUGAAUCACUCGUAGGGUGGGAAGGUCGUUUUCGGCAGACCUUCAUAUCUUGGUGUAAAAGGUGUUGAAUCAGCAUGGCAACGAUUUCUACAUCGCAAGCCCAUACCAGCUUGACACCGCCAAGUAGUUCUCACGGUCAAGAUUCUUGGAACUACUCUGUACCAGUAGAGCCGAUCUCACCUUCUGCCGUCACCGACUAUCAUAAUCACAAUCGACAAAUUUCUCAAACAAACGGUUACCCAUUACGUCCAAGUACAGAAACCUUUGGUCCCCGUCUUCCUAACGAUCACAACCACUUGGCUCCAGCUCGCGCAAAUGAAUUGAAUCGACAGAAUAGCGACAUCAGCGAUACUCCUAGUGCCCCUGAUAGUUUACUGGAUUCAUAUGGGAAUAAUAAAGGUGGUCGAAGCAUGGACUCUGGGGGGAAGAAAGGUAUGAAUGGUGGGAGUUAUGAAAUGGAUGAUGUAGAGCAUUCUAGGUGGAUUCACAGAGAUAAAUUGGCCCGAAUUGAGAAUGAAGAAUUACAAGCAGCGGGAAUCCCGAUACCUCGUCCACGAACAGGAAGUAAAUCCAGUCGAAGGGAUCGUAGCCAAGAUGCCGGUAAUGCCAUUCGAAGUGAGGGACAAAAAAGGCAGAAGAUGGGGGUGAAUGGAGAUGGAGAAGGCAAUCCUUGGGAGUUACGAUUGCCUGAAGAGUCUGCUGGAGAUUUAGGUACGAAAGGUAUAUCGAAGAUACCAAUAUCGAAAACGAGUCCCCUACCAAUACCGAUCGAUUACCUCGAACGAGACACACCUAUAGCUCGGAAAACAAGCAACAACUGGUAUGACGAGGAGGACCCAUUAUCAUUUAAGCAAGCAAGAAGUCGGAGUCAUAGUGUCAAGAGCUCACUUAUACUUGAUGAUGCUACACCGACUUCUUCAAAUGUUCCCAUGCCUACUCCUGCUAGAGUAUCGCCUACACCCACCCGUGCAUCACCAUCCGAGCGAUCUCCUACCAAGAAAGCACCAGGACGGAAAGGAUCCGUUGGCGCAAAUGCUGCACUUCCUGGAGGUAGACAAACAGCAGCACAAAGACAAAAACAAAAGUCAGGUGGAACAAAUGCGCCAGAUAUACGGCCAAAGACUCGUUCAGGCGACUUAAUCAAUACAUCGAAACGACCCGAAGGUGAUCCACCUUGGCUGGCAACUAUGUACAAACCUGACCCUAGAUUGCCACCCGAUCAACAAGUAAUUCCAACUCAUGCGAAACGUAUGCAACAAGAACAAUGGGAGAAGGAGGGUAAAUAUGGAAAUGUUUAUGAUACAGAUUUUAGGCCAUUAAAUCAACAGGAAUACAGACCACGCCCGGAUUCAUUUUCUCCACCACCAGAUGGACCAGAGGAACCAAAGUCAGAAGAACAAGCUCCAGAAUGGCCAUUAAGUCCACAACCUGCAUCACCAAUUCCACCCGUCUCACCUGUUUCCGCCAUGACUCCUAAAUCACCAACAUUAAGUACCGGUCCCAGAUCACCAGUCGAGAGAGCAUCAAGUUAUAGCACAAUGCCAAAGAUCGCAACUGGAAAACCACAAGGUGUUAAUAUCCCAGAUCCCAAACCACCAAUUCGUGUUCAAGAUUCUCCUGAGUCAAACAAAGGUUGUGGUUGUUGCGCCAUCAUGUAAUUUUUUUUGGAGAACGGAUGUGGAAUUCGUUCUCUUCACCAAUACGGAGUUAUUUCCCUUUUCUUUUCUGUGUAAUUUGAGCUAAGCAUGCAAGCAAGCAAGUUUUAUGGAGUUUAUGGAGCUGAUGGAUUUAUACUUGACUUAAAGACUAGGUCUGAGCGAUCGCCAACUUUUUUUUUUUUCAUUUCAUUCAUUCGUGGAUAAACACAUCAUCGAAGAAAUUCAUAAUUACUUGUUGAAACUCUUUAAUCUGCAUUAAUCGUUUAUUGAGAUCCGGAAUUUGUGCUGGGCACGCGAUACAACAUUAUAUUUCAUUGAUUUUGAUGUGGUAGCGGGGGGAAGAGGACGGGGGGAGGGGGAAAGGAGGAGAGGUAUGGAGAGAAAAAAAGGAUUGAUGACGAAUUUUAUGAAUUUCCCACACACUCUCACAGAGCAAAUUUCCUAAUAACUUUUUUUUUUUUUUUGGUUUGUGCCGUCAUUGUGGCAUGAAGGGUGGUUUUACUCUUUUUGUGUUUUUUUGUUUUGAUUCCCCAAAGCGAUUUUCCAAGAUGCGAUAUUGGGUGGCAAGGUGGAGGAUGCAUAGGUAUGAGGGAGGUUUUGAUGGUAGAUGUGGAAGAGAGUGGGCGGAAGAAUUGUGGUUUGGAUUGAAGGGGAUUUUUUGAUUCUGAGAGGGAGGGGUGGAGAGGGACAGGGGCUGGGUCUGGGUCUGCGGCUGGGGGAGAGAGAAUGGAUAAUUUCGAACUGAUUGGUAUCUUAUGCUCGACAUUUCUUCUAGGAUCCAGGACGGCUACAGCUACAGCGAUGCGAGUGUGAGCGAUGUUUUUGUAUCUUGUACUGUUGCGGUUGGAAUUCAGACUGAGGCAAGCAGCUCGACUGGGGGUAGGGGGAGGGUUGAAAGAAGAUGAGAGAGGGGUAGAGAAAUGGGAAAGGGUGAUGAGAUGGAUAAGGGUAGGAAAGGAAGUGGGGGUGAGAGUGGGAGUGGGAGCAUACGCGUUACUGGGUAGUGAAGACAGCGAGUAGAUAAGUACCUAGUAUGAAUCUGAAAAAAAUUGAAAAAAUCA